CCCGAACAUGUGCGAUGAGAAGCAUCCAAGAAUGGUUAAGGGGGAAGUAGAUACCAUCGAUCACGUGUAAGCAAACCGUUCGAGGUUGCCUCAUCAGAAGCGAGAGGCGCUCAAUGGCGCUAACCCCUCUGCCCCUUAGUGGCCGCGUUCCGUCUUUAGAAGUCUUUAGACCGAGAGAUAAAGGAAUCGUAAGCCCAAUCCACUCGUUUCAACGUCAGGCCAGCGACUCUCAACGGCGACGAAAAUAGUUUCCCUGGACUUGUACAAUAUCGCUCCAGCUUCAACGUCUGUUUGUCCUGCAAUUGCCGCCCUCAACUCGAUCGCCGGCGGUUGAGCCGCUCCACCUAUCUUGCCUCAGGAGAACGAACAAUUCCGUCAACAUGCGUGUCCUUCCAAUUCUCUACACUCUUUUCGCAUCUUCAGUAAUAGCGCAAUCCUCGGGGGAUAAUGUACAAAAGAAAGAAGUAGCGGCAGAGGCAGAAGAUGCUGCAGAUGGACCACCACCGACGAUAUUCAACGGGGUUGAGGUACCUCCUAUCACAAUCUUGGAAGGGGAUACCUUCAAUGCGACAGUCAAAGAAGGAUUGUGGUUUGUGAAGCAUCACUCACCGUAUUGCCCUCACUGCCUCCACGUUGCGCCAACGUGGCAAACUUUAUACGAAUACUACUUUACAUCAAAACCUGUCCCGGCUGGCCCACCUACGGAUAGCUCGUCAACAUCCUUGAAUACAUUCACUGCCUACUACAACUAUCAUUUUGGAAAUCUAGACUGUAUUGCUUUUGGUACAGCCUGCAAGGAGCACAAUGUUGCGUCUUUCCCAACAUUUGUCUUGUACAAGGAUGGAGUGGAGAUCAAGCGACUGGAGGGAGCAAAAGAUAUGAAGACAUUGAGCGAAUUUGUUGAAUCAUCACUGGAAUCUGUUCGGCCAGGAUCGCGCCCGGUCGGAGGCCCUGAACUACCGGCAGCAGGAGAUAAAACCUCAAAGGAAUACCAAGGCCCAAAACCUGCAGACACCAAAGCAACUGGGGCGGCAGCUGCUGCACCUGUGGCUACGACUCCUGUGAAGGCACCUGCUCCAUCUGCGAGCGAGGAUGUCAAGGAAGAAGAAACAAAGGUCCCUAGCAGCACUGUCAAACCCAAUGCUGCCAAAGCUCCCAAGAAGCCAAUUCUUCCUCCCAAGUCUACGGCGAUUCCGAACACUCUUGGAAAAUCGAUCUCGUUCACGGCCGAAAGCUUCCAAAAGCAAGUGACUAUGACCCAAGAACCAUGGUUCAUCAAAUUCUACGCGCCAUGGUGUCAUCAUUGCCAGGCAAUGGCUCCAAACUGGAUCCAACUUGCAAAAGAGAUGAAGGGGAAGCUUAAUAUUGGAGAGGUAAACUGUGACGUUGAGUCAAGAUUGUGCAAGGAAGUUCGACUACGCGGAUACCCCACGAUUUUGUUCUUCCGUGGUGGGGAACGUGUCGAAUACGAAGGUCUUCGGGGUCUUGGUGAUUUCGUCUCGUACGCUAACAAAGCGAUUGAUGUUGGGGAUGGAGUGAAGGAUAUUGAUGCUUUGGAGUUCGCGGAGCUGGAGGAGAAGGAAGAAGUCAUCUUCCUUUACUUUUACGACCACGCUACGACCACUGAAGAUUUCGCUGCCUUGGAAAGGUUGACAUUGAGCUUGAUUGGACACGCAAAAUUGGUGAAAACUAAUAGUGCCAAGUUGGCUGAACGCUACAAGAUCACAACUUGGCCUAGACUUCUAGUCUCUCGCGACGGACGCCCCACUUAUUAUACAGCUCUUGCUCCCAAAGAUAUGCGGGAUUUUAGACAAGUCCUUAACUGGAUGCAAUCUGUCUGGUUACCAAUCGUUCCUGAGCUUACAUCCUCCAACUCUCGAGAAAUUAUGGACGGAAAGCUAGUUGUCCUGGGCAUACUCACGCGUGAACGUCCAGACGAGUUUUUAAUUGCCAAGAAGGAGAUUAAAAGUGCAGCUCUCGAAUGGAUGGAUAAGCAGACUUUGGCGUUCCAACGCGAGCGUCAAGAGCUUCGAGAUGCCAAGCAAUUGAGACUCGAAGAGGCAGAAGAUCGGAAUGAUCAACGAGCUUUGCGAGCUGCUAAAAGCAUCCGCAUCAACAUGGACAAAUCCGAGCAGAAAGAAGUCGGAUUUGCGUGGGUGGAUGGUGUAUUUUGGGAAAGGUGGAUCAGAACGACAUACGGUAUCGAAGUUGCCAAAGACGGCGAGAAAGUCAUUAUCAAUGACGAGGAUCAACGAAGAUAUUGGGACACGACCAUCACCGGCAACUCUAUCAUGGCGUCACGUACAUCCAUUCUUGAGACGAUACCUAAAGUCGUUUCCUCGCCUCCUAAAAUCAAGCCGAAAUCCACGAUAUCGAAUUUCGAGAAAUUUUUCUUUGACAUCAGAGGCGCCAUCUCCGGCCACCCAUAUCUUUCCGCUGGACUCUUGGUUGGGAUCCUGAUCGGUGCAGCGAUGUGGAGUAAGGGACGCAUGCGGAGGAGUAGAGGCGGUUUCUUCAGACUUGAUGAAAAAGAUGGAUUGUUGGGUGGACCGGCAAACGGAAAGGUGGAUUAGAUUAAUGAGGAUGGGAGAAAGGUGAAGAUCAGUCGAUUUGUAUUAUAGCGGGCUUGGGUCUUCUACGUUUUCUCCAUUGGGUGCGUAUGGGUGUUGGAAUUCAUUACGCCUUGUUCUAUCUUCUGCUGGGAUAUCUGAAUCUAUCAUUGACGACUUUGGUUUACAUAGAGCGGACCAAGUGGCGCUCUGAUCUUGAAUAGUUCAACUGCGUUCCAAUACAUGACUUGGUCUCGGGUACGUUUGGUCUGCGUCGCCCCCGAACUGAUUCAAGCGAAGAAGAGUAC